AUGUCUGUUCAAAAAAAUCUCGAAGAUGAGCCUCAUAAUAUUUACGAUACGAUUCUCACACUUGACUUUGGUUCCCAAUACACGCAUCUAAUCACAAGACGACUCCGAGAGCUUAAUGUCUACUCGGAGAUGCUUCCCUGUACGCAGCAGCUGGCCAAUCUUACUUGGAAGCCCAAGGGAAUUAUCUUAUCCGGAGGACCAUAUUCUGUGUAUGAACCUGGUGCUCCCCACGUUGAUCCAUCAAUUUUCGAUCUAGGAGUCCCGAUUCUUGGUAUUUGCUAUGGGCUACAAGAAAUAGCAUGGCAUCAUGGAAAAGAUGUCAUCGCUGGAACAGAACGAGAAUAUGGUCAUGCAGAUGUGCACGCCCAUAGACAAGAGGGGUUUGUUGAUAGGCUCUUCAUUGACCUUGAAGAUGACUUCAAGGUAUGGAUGUCACAUGGGGAUAAGCUUGGGGCUCUUCCUAAUUCAUUUCACACGAUCGCAUCAACAAAAAGCUCUCCGUUUGCAGGGAUAGCUCAUUUACUGAAACCAAUUUAUGGAAUUCAGUUCCACCCUGAAGUAACACACACCCCGAGAGGCGCCAAACUAUUGCAAAACUUUGCAGUUGAUAUUUGUGGAGCAAAGCAGAAUUGGAACAUGGACUCCUUUAUUGAAAAAGAAAAGAAUAGAAUCAGGUGUUUAGUAGGCGAUAAAGGACAGGUACUUGGUGCCGUGAGUGGGGGAGUAGAUUCAACUGUCGCUGCUAAACUUAUGCAUGAUGCUAUCGGAGAUCGUUUCCAUGCCGUUCUCGUUGAUAAUGGAUGUAUGCGCCUAAACGAAUGUGAACAAGUGCAGAAAACUCUUUCGAAGGAACUUGGUAUCAACCUUACUGUUGUCGAUGCUUCGGACCGCUUCCUUGAUGGGCUGAAAGGCAUAACUGAUGAUCCUGAAGCCAAGCGAAAGUUCAUAGGAGCUACGUUUAUUGAUGUUUUUGAGGCAGAGGCUCUCAAGAUUGAAGCAAAAGCCUUCAACACUCCGCAGGCUGGAAGAAUUGAGUGGUUCCUUCAGGGAACUCUUUAUCCGGACGUGAUUGAAUCGAUCUCCUUCAAAGGACCCUCGGCAACCAUAAAAACGCACCACAACGUAGGCGGGCUGCCAGAGCGCAUGAUGAAUGGACAGGGUCUAAAGCUGAUUGAGCCAUUGAGAGAGCUUUUCAAAGAUGAGGUUCGAGAAAUGGGACGUCAGCUUGGAAUCGACGAGGAGCUCGUGAUGCGACACCCCUUCCCAGGACCCGGCAUUGCCAUUCGCGUCCUGGGAGAAGUAACGCGGGAUCAGGUGGCUAUUGCACGAAAAGCCGACUACAUUUUUAUUGACGAGAUCCGCAAGGCGGGCUUGUACAACCAGAUUAGUCAAGCUUAUGCCGCACUCUUACCAGUCAAAGCGGUCGGUGUUAUGGGGGACAAGCGAGUCCACCAACAGGUGGUUUCAUUGCGGGCUGUACAGACUACCGAUUUCAUGACUGCAAAUAUCUUCCAUUUUGAUUGGGAAUUUUUGGAGAAGGUCAGUAGUCGCAUUUGUAACGAGGUGGAUGGUGUUUGUCGGGUGGUGUAUGAUAUGACAAGUAAGCCACCAGGAACAAUCGAAAUGGAGUAA